AAAAAGAAAAAGAAGGAAACCCAAAUGGGAGGAUUGAAGCUGCAACACAAAACAUGAUAUUGAAAGCGCCUCUGGAAGAUCAAAAACAGAGCCAAGGAAGACAAUUAGUUUAUUUUUCAGAGUCAUCCAUGUGAUAAACUGUUGAAAACCCACAAGAAAUCUCUCUCUCUUCCUUUUGUUUUUGCCUUCCGACCCAAGGAAAUAACCAGGACCUCAAAUACUGGUGCCACUUUCCGUUUCAAUCCCAUACUCGGGUCGAAUCUGCCAUGAUCGUUGAUUCUGCAUUGGGUUUCAAUCGGGAUGCCAUUGAUGGGCGGGCUCAAUCUAUAAACCUGUGAAUCCGGAGGACAUCCAGACCCAGUUCCAACUCCCGAUUUAUGAUUCUCCAAUUUAUUUGAGUUGCGCAAAACCUUGCCCCAUACAACAUGAAUUCAUCGAGUUUCCGCGAUAAUACUUCUGAGUCCUCGAAUCCUUACGGUAGGUAUUCAAGACUUAGUUCCGUUACCCAACCGGUUCCCCGAUCGAAGUCGGGUCUGACGAAGCCGAGAAUGGCGAAGGUGAGAAGGCAAACGAGUUCCCAGGAUUUGAGGUCUGCGGGUGUUUCGGAAACGUUUCGGCCGUUCACCGGGAAUUCAUUUCAGGCCUCACCCUGGGCUCAGGACUCCAUCUCCGGUAAAUCUGGGUCGGGUGAGAUUGGGAAUCAGCCAUUUGUGUUUGGAGGAAACAGGAGCACCUCGAAUUUGAACCCGGAGAGAGGAAUUGUGGACGAAAUGAAGAAAUUGGAUAUCGGAGGCGGGGAUGAGUUUGCGACUGCCAGAGACAGGAAAUUCAGCUUUAAUGUAGGUAUGAGUUCGAGUAGAACCGAGGUAUCAGAUAAAGGAGCCAUGGCAGUUGAAACCAUUGAAUCAAAGCUUCCUGGAGAUAUGAGAAAAUUGAACAUUGAAGAAGGGGAAGGUAGUGGGCAAGGUAGUGCUGCACGAAUUAACAGAACUAGAAAUGAUAAUUCGAGGUUGAGAUCAAAUGAACAGACCAAGUUCGGUUUCUGGAGUGGCAAUGUUAGUAAUUCUCUAGCAUCAGAACUCCCCAACAAAUUGCAGCAUAUGAACAUUGAAGAUAGUGGGAAUCAUGAUAUUGGCAGUUCUACAUUUAAAGGUGAUGGUGUGAAUAUGUUCGUAUUGGAUAAGGGUAAAGGUGUUACAAGCUUUCCUGUUGGAAGAUCAGAAGAUUCACUGCCCGAGAAGAUUAAGCAUUUGAACAUUAAGGACACAUUGAAUUCAACGAAUGUCAACACCCAGAAAGAAGAAAAAUGUGUCUUUGAAAGCACCCAAAGGACUGGUGGUAAUUUUGUUGAGCAAAAGGAAACUUUGUUGUCAAGAAAGAUAGAGGAGUUGAAAAUAGAUAAAAGGACACCCUCAUCUGGAGUAUUUGCAGAGAAGAUAGAAAUGCAAAAUUUAAGUGAUUUUGAUAGGAAUCUUGAUCAACCAUUGGCUACAGACAUUAAAUCUCUGAAGUUGCGCGAGUGUAAGGAUAUGAGAGGUAGUCAGGUUCCUUCAUAUGCACAAAAAGAUGGUAAUGAUAAAAAUGGCGUGGCUAUGCCAUCUUCUUCAAUUUUUUCUAGUGAUAUGCAAUUUAAUGCUGCUGGUAGUACCUUUCAAGUAACGGGUACAAAUAGAAACAAAGAAACAGAAAACGUUCGCUAUAUGACUAAACAAGAAAGUACUGGAUCAUCUUUUGUAGGAUUUAGAACACCAGAUGUAAAAACAAACAUUUUCUCUGCUGGGGCCAGUGAAAAUUUUCAAUUCUCUGCACGGAAGGAUCCAGUUAGAGAAUUUGGACCAAAUAUUAGGAGUGGAAGAUAUAAACCGACCGUGGUUCAGUUGUGUGUUGGUCAGGAGACUCAGGACUAUGUUUCAAGGGAAAGGGAUCCUUUGGAGAGUCAGAAGGCGUCAGAAUCGUGUUCACCAAUGGAUGUUUCACCAUAUCAGGAAACACUGGCUGGUGAUCCAAUUUCUCGUGAAAAUUCUGUGACAUCCAAUGAAUCACUCAGUCUUGACAAUAGUUCUGUUGCAUUUGAUGAAUCACUGCCGGAGGUCUUAACUGAUGUAAUAGAUGAAGAUCUGCUUAAUGCUACAGAUAGCUUAAAUAUAAAUGAACCUGGUCACAGUGCAACUGACGUGGAAGGCGAAGAAGGUUCUCUUUACCAUUCUACUACAAACCAUAGUGCUGAAGGUCCUGUAGAAUCUGUUGAAGUGGCAGACACUGAAAGCUACAAAUCUGCAAAUGAUGAAUUGGAUAUAAAUAGUGAUCUAGCAGGUAUUUCAGAAGAAACAGAAGCCAGUUCAAGUUCGAAAUUUGAGAUGCAGGAUAGUGAUGGCAGGAAGCAAUUUAGUUUUGCUUCAAACUCAGAGGAUGCGUCAAGGUCUAACUUUAUAUUUGCUGCCUCUACGGCUGCUCAAGGUCAAUUAUUUGCAUCCAAACGCCAAUUCAAAAAGAAAAAUUGGGGAAAAGUUGGUCAAGAUUCUCAUAUUUCCCCAACAAUUUCUAUUGAAGUUCCAUUGUCAUCCUCUUCUGCACAAUUUCGUACAUUUUCUGGGAAUUCAUCACCAAUAACACCUCAAAGGAGUCAGAAAGAAGAUCCAUCUACUGCUCAGUACAAAUAUGGAGUUGACUCUUGGGUGAACAAAGGCCAGGAGAUGAAGCAAGAGUCUAUUUCUACUGUAGCAGCAACGGUUGCUGCCCAGGAGGCUUGUGAAAAGUGGAGAUUGAGGGGCAACCAGGCAUAUGCAAGUGGUGAUUUGUCCAAGGCUGAAGACCAUUACACUCGAGGGGUGAAUUGUAUUUCAAGAGAUGAGUCGUCUAGAAGCUGUCUCAGGGCUUUGAUGCUUUGCUAUAGCAAUCGUGCAGCAACAAGAAUGUCUCUUGGAAGAUUGAGAGAUGCGAUCAGUGACUGUAUAAUGGCUGCUGCUGUAGAUCCCAGCUUUUAUAAAGUGUACCUUAGAGCUGCAAACUGUUACCUUGGCCUUGGGGAAGUUGAAAAUGCGGUACAAUAUUUCAAGAGAUGCCUGCAGCCUGGAAAUGAAAUCUGUGUAGACCGGAAAAUUACAGUGGAAGCCUCUGAUGGUUUGCAAAAUGCUCAGAAAGUAUCUGAAUGCAUGAAACAUUUAGCUGAACUUCAGCUCACAAGCACGUCCAGUGAUAUGCAGAGUGCUUUGGAAUUAAUUUCUGAGGCUUUGGUAAUAAGCUCAUGCUCCGAAAAAUUAGUUGAAAUGAAAGCAGAGGCCCUUUUCAUGCUUCGAAGAUAUGAGGAGGUGAUUCAGUUUUGUGAGCAGACACUAGACUCUGCUGAAAAGAAUUCUCCUUCAGAAGAUAUUGUCGGCCGGGCCUCUAAUCUGGGUGCUUCUGAAAUCUCAAAGAAGUUGUACUUCAGGGUUUGGCGAUGCCGCUUGAUUCUCAAGUCCUACUUCCUUCUAGGAAAACUUGAGAAGGGUCUGGCUUCUUUAGAAAUGCAAGAGGAGAAAGUGUCUACAGUAAUUGGGAAUGGAAGAAAGUUCAUGGAGACAUCAAUACCGCUAGCCAUGACCAUGAGGGAGCUCCUACGUCUUAAGGCUGCUGGAAAUGAAGCAUUUCAGGCAGGGAGGUAUUCAGAAGCCGUUGAGCACUAUACAGCUGCUUUGGCAUGCAAUGUGGAGUCACGUCCUUUUACAGCUGUUUGUUUCUGCAAUCGGGCCGCGGCAUACAAAGCGCAGGGCCAAGUUAUUGAUGCUAUUUCAGAUUGUAGUUUUGCCAUAGCCCUUGAUGAAGAAUACUUCAAGGCAAUUUCUAGAAGAGCUGCUUUGUAUGAAAUGAUCAGAGACUAUGGUCAAGCAGCUAGUGAACUCCAAAAGCUUGUAUCACUUUUUCCUAAGGGAUUAGAUAUGACCUCCUAUCAGUAUGCCACUUCUGAUCGAUCAAGUACCAGCACAAAUGACUUGAGACAAGCUCGUCUCCGGCUUGCGGAAGUUGAAGAAGAAUCAAGAAAAGAAAUUCCACUGGAUAUGUACCUCAUUCUGGGAGUUGAUCCAUCUGCAUCUUCAGCUGAAAUUAAGAGGGCGUACAGGAAAGCUGCUCUCAGAUACCAUCCAGACAAGGCUGGUCAAUUUUUGGCAAGAGCAGACAAUGGAGAUGAUGUGCUGUGGAAGAAUAUAGCGGGAGGAGUCCACAAGGAUGCUGAUAAACUUUUUAAAAUGAUUGGAGAGGCAUAUGCAGUACUCUCAGAUCCUAUUAAGCGGUCACGAUAUGAUGCGGAAGAAGAGAUGAGGACUGCCCAGAAGAAACGCAAUGGAAGCAGCACCCCUAGAUCACCACAUACAGAUGUUCAUCAGGGUCAUCAAUUUGAAAGAAACAGUGUUAGGCCUCAGUGGCGAGAUCUAUGGAGAUCUUAUGGUUCUCGAGGAUCAGAUUUUACUCGAUCAACCAGGUACUCAUGAGAACUCUAUGAAAAACAUGUCAGGACAGAAUUCAGGCCUUCAAAUGAGGCUUUACACCAGCACUCGCCAAUAAUCGAUCAUUCUAUCAAGAAACCCAGCUGCAGUUUAACCCCUCCCAGUGAGAGGGCCAAGAGUUGACAAUUGGUUCAUGGACAGAUUUCUGAUGGCAAAAUCUUGAAAAAGAGGUGAAAGUCUAAUCCUUAACACAAACAACCUUGACGAUGCCAUAGAGACAUAAAAUGAAGGUGUUCCAGUUGUUCCAUUUGCAUUUAGUAGCUUGUUCAUAAGAUUAAGAGUGAGGUUUGGUGAUUUUAAAGAUGAUAGAUUCAUCUUUGAUUAUAGAGUGAAAAAGGAAAAGAAGAAGGUAAAAACAAAACAUACAUUUUAGAACAAAACAAAAAGAAGGAUGCAGGUUUUCAAGGUUUUGCUUUUUUGCCCCCAUGUUUUAUGGGGAUCUCAUUGUGGGUGAGAGAGGAAGUGUGUAGUUUGUUCAUAGUGCAAUGUACAGACAGACAGAAGAGAUGAGUAAACAAGUGAAUCACAACAUCUAAUAGCUGCUUAGUCUCUGACAGGAUAUGCUAACCACACUCUUACAGUUUAGCGUUUCAA